AAAACGGGGGGGGGGUCGCUGAAGCUGUGGCCGGCUGCCUACAUUUUCUGCUCAAAAACCCGGAGAACCCGCAGCGAGAUGGAAGCAGCCUAUUUGAGUCUGGACUAAGGUUGAACUUUAACAGAAAUGGCAGUCAGGCCAGUUAAACGGGUUCUGAAACACCCAAAAAGGUUUUCUGUUGCCCCCGGCUUUGCUGAAAAGGAUAAGUGGAGAGGACUUGGAGACUGAUGGCGUGUAUUCUAAAUCGAGGUAAAAAUCGCCUACUGCGAGCACUGUGAGGAGAGGCUGCUCGGGAACAGGAGCCCCAUCUCCUCUCUUUCCUUUAAAAACUGAGCAUAGCCUUCCAUGUUCAGCAAAAAGUCUGCACACGUCACUGGAAACAGCCGGCCCCACCAAUUCACUUUCCUCUCCCCUCCAAAUGACAAGGCCAUGCCUUUUUAUUUUGUUUUGUAAUCUGCACACAAAGCAUUCAGGGCAAUCCCUUCCUCCCACUGGGAAAGUCUCCCUGCACACAGGAGGGCACCUACAUUCUGUGCAAACCCCGGUGCGGCUCUGUCACUGCCUGGUCCGAGGAGCAGAGGCUGCUUUACGCGUGUCCCGGCUCAGUUAAUUGAAGUUCUGCCUCUCUCCUGCUAAACUUUCUCCCCAGCCUGCCUCUGCCAGCCCCCUCGUCUGAUUACAUCUAGUAAUUCUCCACUGAAUGAACGUCACUUACAAUAGUGGGGAGCUCUGCGCUCGCCGCUGCUUCACGCUCCAUUUGUCCUCCAUUCUCCCUUUAAAGUACUCGUGUAAUAUUAAUAGUCAUGAAUAUCAAUUAUUAUGAGGCGGUGUAGGCAAGCUGAGGGAGGAAGGGGCGCCCAAGCAGUCUGAGCCCAGCUUCGGGUGGAAGAGGACUGUAUCUGGAGCCCCGAAGAACGAAAGAAGAAAAGAGGCCAAAAAGACACCAGGAGAUAGAUGAACAGUUCUGCCUGUGUGUGACAGGCGUCGCCAAUCUUGUUGGAGGGGGGUAUUUUUUUUUUUUUUUUUUGAUGGCUUGUCCUGGAAACACCUCAAGCUCGGCUCCUGUGUCCAGCUCUCUUCUCUGCUGGACUCCUUGAAUUUUUUUAAAUCAUUGUUUGAUUUUGAGCAGUAACCAGGCUUUUUUUUCCAGAUGUUAGUCCACACCUAUUCAUCCAUGGACCGGCACGAUGGCGUCCCGAGUCACAGCUCAAGGCUCUCUCAGCUGGGCUCCGUGUCCCAAGGACCCUACUCGAGUGCCCCGCCGCUGUCCCACACCCCGUCCUCGGACUUCCAGCCGCCCUACUUCCCGCCCCCCUACCAGCCGCUCCCCUACCACCAGAGCCAAGACCCCUACUCUCACGUCAACGACCCCUACUCCCUGAAUCCACUGCACCAACCCCAGCAGCACCCCUGGGGGCAACGGCAGCGGCAAGAAGUGGGCUCCGAAGCUGGCUCCCUGCUUCCUCAACCUCGGGCAGCUUUGCCCCAGCUCUCAGGCCUGGACCCCCGGAGGGACUACCACUCGGUCCGCCGGCCCGACGUGCUGCUUCAUUCGGCCCACCACGGCCUGGACGCGGGCAUGGGCGACAGCCUCUCCUUGCACGGCCUUGGCCACCCCGGCAUGGAAGAUGUCCAGUCAGUUGAAGAUGCCAAUAACAGCGGCAUGAAUCUAUUGGACCAGUCUGUCAUUAAAAAAGUUCCAGUUCCACCUAAAUCUGUGACUUCUCUAAUGAUGAAUAAAGAUGGCUUCUUGGGAGGCAUGUCGGUCAACACCGGCGAGGUAUUUUGCUCGGUCCCGGGUCGUUUGUCCCUGCUCAGUUCAACCUCAAAGUACAAAGUAACGGUGGGAGAGGUUCAGAGACGGCUAUCGCCCCCGGAAUGCCUCAACGCGUCUCUGCUCGGUGGUGUCCUCAGAAGAGCCAAAUCGAAAAAUGGGGGGAGAUCCUUGCGAGAAAGGCUAGAAAAAAUCGGUUUGAAUUUACCCGCGGGCAGGCGCAAGGCAGCGAACGUCACGUUACUCACCUCCUUGGUGGAAGGAGAAGCUGUCCACCUAGCUCGAGAUUUUGGGUAUAUUUGUGAAACAGAGUUUCCAGCUAAAGCUGUCUCUGAGUAUUUGAAUCGGCAGCACACGGAUCCUAGUGACCUGCACUCUCGAAAGAAUAUGUUGCUGGCAACCAAGCAACUUUGUAAAGAAUUUACGGAUCUGCUGGCUCAGGACCGGACACCCAUCGGGAACAGCCGGCCCAGUCCCAUCCUGGAGCCGGGGAUCCAGAGCUGCCUCACGCACUUCAGCCUCAUCACGCACGGCUUUGGCGCCCCAGCCAUUUGCGCGGCGCUCACGGCCCUGCAGAACUAUCUCACCGAGGCGCUCAAAGGCAUGGACAAGAUGUUCUUGAACAACACCACCACUAACAGGCACACGUCUGGGGAAGGCCCAGCUCUGCCCGCAUGGUUUAUGAGCUUCUUCAAAGAGGACUUGGGCUUUCUACACAAUCUAUAAGGUACUGAGAAAAAAAAAAAUCCAAUCCUUUUAAAAUCAAAGCUUGUGUGUCAGAAUUCUGCAGGUGCACUUCUUUAAAGAAGCUCAAAGGGAAUAAUAGAGAAAGUGGCCAAUGUGAUGGAAGCAGCUUUGAGUCUACUUGCUAACAUCGUUAACGUCAGAAUCCCAGUGGGGAUAGGGCCAUGAAAAGUGAAUUUUAGGGGAAAAGAGUAGGAGUUCUUGGAACCCCAUAUUCUAACAGUAUUGUUCUCACUUAAAAUAGAUUCAAUUUCCCCAGGCUCUUUGUUGAUUGCUGUUUUAAUAGGGGGCAGCUUUUCUAGUGAGGUGGGGAAAAGGGUGACACAAACUGAUGCUUCUACAACUGCUUUAUUGCAAGAUGCUUUAUGAACGAGCCACUUUCCCUGCCCAGAUGUGCACUUGUUUUGGCGUAUAAUGAUAAAAUAACGCAUAGUCAAAGGCAAAAAAUGUAGUUCAGCUUUGAAUUUUACCAUUGUGAUUAUUCCCAGUGGAUAAAGUUUUGUGCAUCUAAUAUUUCUCACUUCUGGUAGCCCAGAUCCUUUCUGGGGCUCCAUCUUAGUGUUAUCAUGAAAUAAAAUCUGGAUUCCGUUGUCAAAGGUUCCCAAGAGCAGUGAGAAAUCCCCUGAGGUAGCGCUGGUGAGACAGGUCUCUAAAUUUAGUGCAGGUAAGCACCUCUUUAAAAAAAAUAUGCAAGAUCUCUGCAACAUACCUUGCUGACUAUUCAGUUGUUCUGCAGAAUUUAUGGACAGGACCAAUUUACAUCGCCUGGUCUCUCAUUUUUGCACCUCCCCCAUUCUGCCCUGGGGUGAAGGGGAGGGUUGGGUUUUAGGAACCUGCUGAGAGCUCUGCUGGGGGCGGGGAGGAGGGGAGUGGUUGUUAGAGAUCCGGUUUCAGGUGACUACAGGGCCCAAAUAAAGCUCCUCUUCUACCUUUAGCUCCUCAGGCCUGUGGGUGUGCAGGGCACAGCCCUAGACGUGUUCAGAAGAGUGCAAAGGCCGGGAUCAAGACAUGGAUAGUGUAGCCCUUGUCUCUGCCCAGUUGAGAAGCCCACACCUGGUCCGAGAGCCUGGACGCUUGCGUUAGAUGAGUUCGGAUUACAGAGGGCCAGGAAGAACCACACUGAAAACCAUCGUCUCCUUUCCUUGCAGGGCAACGCGUCCCACGCGUGUGACCUGCGAGAGACGCGAUGGACGCGCCUUGCUCUUACUGUGCAGGUCCUGAGAGCUGUGGGCCACUCGCGCCCAGUCAUGUUGAGGACAUAGAAUCAGCCACUGCAGGGGCCGCCGGUCGCAUGGGCCCUUCGCGCUCUCGGUCUCACCCUAAAGGCUAAGGUCAACCGAGAAAGCCCCGUGCUCCAGUAGGUAAAGGGGCGGCGCCCCGAGGGCUGCAGGCGGGAGGGGUCCGAGGGCUGUGCUCGCCCUUUGCUCCCCUCGGUCACUCCGAGCGCCUGCUCCCACGGGAAGAGUGGCCUAGAAAUGCCCAAGGAAUCAGAAACUUUCCCCUUGUCCUCUCGGUCAGGAUGGAAAUUGUCUCCAAGCUCGUGCUCCUUGGAGGGAGAUGGAUAAGAGUGGUCCUAGCUGGCCAUGCAGACUCCCUUCUUGCCCCGUCCUCCUCCUGGCGGUAAUCUAGUCCCAGCCGGUGUGCGCCUCCUCACCUUGCAGCCAGCUGCGCACAGUGGCCCUCUGCCCUCCCCUUCCUCCUUUACUCCUCCGAGUGGGAUUCCCCACCCUCCUGCUUUCCGUCUGCUAGGACCACUACGUUUAUCUGAUAAUUGAGUUAUUAAAAGGUUUGGUUUCCUUGGGCUUAUAAAUCAAUAAACAGUAGGAUUAACACAAGAGUUGCCUUUUAAGUCAAGGAAAAUGUUUAAGGCAAGACCCUUUGAGCUUUGUUUUCAAACCAAACAGGUGAGUUGCGCUCGCUCUUGCCCCACCCUGCCAGACGUUUUAACCCCGCCGGCUGCCUCCUCCCAAAGGCCUGGUCCCAAGCCAAAUAGGGUCUCAGGAUAGAAGGAAGGAGUCUAACCCUGCCAGCGCUACACGCGCCUUUGCCACUCUGCAAGUUCUUCUGGCGGUUCCAAUCCUCUCCAGGCCACUGGCUAUCCAGUUCUGUGUACAGCUACAGAGAAGAUCUCAAGGGAAAGGCCAUAGGAUGUCCUGGGUGAGCUUUCUGUCUGGAAGGGAUCUUUCACUUCUCCCCUCUCCACGUGGGAAGUAACUUUCUUCCCUCUUCCGAAUUAUCUGGCGGUUUCUUUCCUUUUUCCUGGCCUCACAUCCUUAGCUUUCUCCACCCCCACCUAAAGAAUGGCAGAGGCUUUCAAAGACUUGACUUUUGUUUUCUUUGGCCAAGGAAACCACUCUUUUUCUCAAGUAAUUAUUUCAUAUCCUAUGAAAACUUUGGUCCAAUGGAAAACCUGAAACUCUGAAUUUAUGUACACAGUGUCGCUCCAGUACAACGCAUUCCUAGUUAGAGUGUUCAUAGAAAAUUCGUCAUCGCAUCUGACAUCCUGUCCUUGCAAUAUGUUAUGUGGAAAGGAAACGAUAACCCUAAACCAUCUGAUGUUGCCUCAACAGCCCAAAAGUGUUCUCCCUCCUUUGAUGAUGUAUAUUAAAUCAUUGACAUAAAAAGAGAAAUAUUGAAAUUAGUUUUUUUUUUUAAUGGAAUGAACUCCAUCCUUCUUAAAAUUCCAAAAUCUACUCCUCUUUUGGGUUGAUCUCUAAUUCACUAACAUUGCUUUUGCCACACAAUGGAGAAAUAUCAGUCUAUUGUCUCUUCAUGAGAAGAGCUCUGUAGGCUAUCCAUGUUAAGUUUGUAUAUAUUUAUUUAUGCUUAAUUUAAAGGGAAUGUGUAAAUAUGGCGAGCAAGUAGUUUGGGAUUAUUUAUCUGUGAAUCUAUACCUCUGUGAAUGGGUGGUUAAAAAUAAAACCGCUUGACCCUAGGUAGAAUCCUAUCUGAAUUUUUCUGUUCUUUAUAGACAAGCUGUUAUGGUAUUGGGUAGAAAUUGGUUUAUUGUCCAGUGUUGAUCUGAUUUACAUAAAUAAAAAGAUUGUUGUGUUUUU